UUCAAUACUGUAACAAAAGGAAGGAACGACAGAUGAGAACAAAAUAGAAUCUCUUGGAAGAAAGGAACAUGACUCAAGGAGGGAAAUUCCUCUUGCCGUAGGAGAGGACUGCUGGUGUAUAAAGUGCCUUAAAUAUGCCAGAAAGAAUUCUCUUCCACGAUCUGCUUUUCUCCUUCCUCCAAGAAGAAUAUCAAAGCCAAAGCAGCAGCAACAAGCAUGAGUGUGAAGGGCAUGGCUAUAGUCCUGACUGUGAUAUUAUGUGCUGCAAUUGUUCAAGGCUUCCCUAUGUUCAAAGGGGGACGGUGUCUUUGCAUAGGCCCUGGAGUAAAAGCAGUCAAAGUGGCAGAUAUUGAGAAAGUCUCUAUAAUUUACCCAACUAAUAACUGUGACAAAACAGAAGUGAUUAUCACCCUGAAAACACAUAAAGGACAAAGAUGCCUAAAUCCCAAGGCAAAGCAAGCGAAAGCUAUUAUCAAGAAAGUUCAAAGAAAGAAUUCUGAAAAAUAUAAAAAUAUAUGAAGUCCUGGAAAAGAGGAUCUGAAAACCUAGAACAAGUGUAACUGUGACUACUGAAAAGAUAAGAACUCUGCAGUAAGGAAACUGACUUUCUCCUGCCGGCUGCAAUGAACAUUCACACAUUUCUAGGUUAGGAAACUCUCCAGGAGAUUUGAUACUUAUAACUAUUUUGCUAUGGCUAUGAAUGCACUUCUGUCUCUAGAAGUUAUCUGUCUAUACCUGACCUAUAUUUCAUAUUACAAUAUAUUAUUAUUACUAGAAUUAAGACCAUGACUCAUAAGUCAAAGCAUCCAUGUGUAUAAUAAUCAUUCCUUAAAUAAUUUUUAUGUCAAUUCAUAGUCCUUUUCCCAGAAGUUUUAUAUAUAUAUAUAUAUAUAUAUAUAUAUAUAUAUAUAUAUAUAUAUGGAGAAAGUCCUUAAACAUUAUCUUAUUUUAUAAAGAAGGCUGUAAUUCAUGAAAUGUACUAUGAAAACAAUUAUAAACUAAUGGUAACUGGUAAGAGUGCAAAUAUUUCAAAACAAAAUGAGUAGCUCUGGUGUUUUGAAUUUUUUAAAUAACCGUUUUUUCAUUGAGAUAUUUGAAGCAAUUAGGAUGUAUGUGUUAACCAUGAAUUUUGGUUUUAUCCAUUCUUUAAUACAUUGGACACAUUUUAAAUAUGACAUAUUUUUGUCUACCAAAGAAAAAUACUGAAAAAUAAAUAAUAUGUGCAUAUCUCGCAA